UCGUCGUACUUUGUAAGUUUCACACUGAUGAACAUGAAGAGAGGCAGAGAGGAUCUAGAGUUAGAGACCAUACACAUGGCCGACUGUUUGAUGCUCUUAUCUAAAGUCGGCCAGAUUGACAUCACCAAAAACUCAUCACGUGCUCGUGCUUUUGUCUGCAAGACAUGCGACCGGCAGUUCCCAUCGUUCCAAGCCCUGGGAGGCCACCGGGCGAGCCACAAGAAGCCGAGGCUCAUGGCCGGCGACUUAUUCCACCACACGCCGGCCUCGCCGGCCAAGCCGAAGACGCACGAGUGCUCCGUGUGCGGGCUUGAGUUCGCCGUCGGACAAGCGCUAGGGGGCCACAUGAGGCGGCACAGGGCUGUCAUGAGUGGAGGCUUGCCGAUUAUUCGUCAUCACGCCGCCGUGCCGGUCAUGAAGAAAUCGAGUAGUAAACGGGUGCUGUGCUUGGAUUUGAAUUUGGCGCCGGUUGAGAGCGAUCUCAAGUUGUGUAGUUGGUCAUAGAUCGAUUGCUUUUAUUAAUGUAUUUGUGUUCAUAUUAGAGAGAUUUAAUUUUUUCUUCUUACUCUUAUAUUAUAUUUGUGAUUUUUUUUAAUCUUAUUUUUCUAUUUUGAUUUUUCACUA